AGUUUAGCAGGAUGCGAGUGUAUAUUUGAAAGAUGACAUGAAUGGAGCUCUCAGCAAGUACACUGAAGAAGCAAGCUCCGGUAAUGGAGCUAGCUUUAAACCUCUCCCCGCUUCUUCCUCGAAGGAAACACAAAACUUCUAUAGAAUAUAGUAACAAAAUUCACCUGUUUCGCCGUUGUCAUAUCGCGAGAAAUCAAUUCAAAUUUCAACCCAAAAGCAGUAAUACUAAUCCCAACUUGCCGUUGUCAGAGAAACAACAUAAGCUUUGGAUUAGCGAAGCAGAACUCGAAGAUGAAAACGGCGACUUUGACGAAGAAGAAGAAGAGUCGAGUAUUUUGUCGUUGAGUGUGAAGCCGGAGAGAAACAUAACUCUGCUCGACGAUUAUGAGAUGGAAGAGCUUGACUACGGUUCUGACCCUAAUCAUCGAAGCGGGUAUGUUGCUGUGGUUGGGAAGCCAAAUGUUGGAAAGAGUACAUUAUCGAAUCAAAUGAUAGGCCAAAAGUUAUCAAUUGUUACUGAUAAGCCUCAGACUACGAGGCAUCGGAUUCUUGGUAUAUGUUCUGGCCCUGACUACCAGAUGGUACUUUAUGAUACUCCUGGUGUCAUUCACAAGCAGAUGCACAAGUUGGAUUCUAUGAUGAUGAAGAAUGUUCGCAGUGCUGCCAUUAAUGCAGAUUGUGUACUAGUCAUUGUUGAUGCAUGUAAAGUUCCUCAAAAGAUUGAUGAAGUGUUGGAAGAAGGUCUUGGAAGCCUCAAAGAGAAACCACCCAUGUUGCUAGUAUUGAACAAGAAGGACUUGAUCAAACCUGGUGAAGUUGCAAAGAAACUUGAGUGGUAUGAGAAAUUCACAGAUGUUGAUGAGGUCAUACCCGUGAGUGCAAAGUAUGGCCAUGGAGUGGACGACGUCAAAGAUUGGAUACUGUCAAAACUUCCAGUUGGGCCAGUAUAUUAUCCAAAGGACAUUGUUAGUGAACAUCCAGAAAGAUUUUUUGUUGCUGAAAUUGUAAGAGAGAAGAUCUUUAUGCAAUUUCGUAAUGAAGUUCCUUAUGCAUGUCAGGUAAAUGUUGUGAGCUACAAAAGUAGGCCCUCAGGAAAAGAUUUUAUACAAGUGGAGAUUGUUGUUGAGAAAAACUCUCAGAAGAUCAUCAUCAUUGGAAAAGAAGGGCAGGCUCUGAAAUUACUUGCAACUGCUGCUCGGCUGGACAUUGAAGAUUUCUUGCAAAAGAAAGUUUAUCUUGAGAUAGAAGUUAAAGUAAAAGAGAACUGGCGGCAAGAUGAAGGACUUUUAAACUACUAUGGCUACGGAGGGAAAAUUCGAGCAUUGUAAUGUGCAUUCUGUCAAAUUUCAUAUAUUUUCGAUCAGAAACUGUAAGUGAAGAUGUUGUGUCAAUGAAAAAAAUUGUUAAAUGGCACCGUGUCUAUGUUCCGUAAGCAGUUUUCAUUUUGUUUUGUUU